AUGGCUGUCAAUGAAACUUCCAGAAAAAGAAAGAAACAGAACUCUGCUUGUGACUUCUGUAAAAGAAGGAAAGUUAAAUGUGAUAAAGGUAAUCCUUGUUCAAGUUGUUUGAAAUAUAAAAAUCCCAAUUGUAUUGGUACAUCUAGUGGUAACGAGAAACAACCAAUUAAAAGUAACCUUGGUUCUUCUGGUAGAUGCUCUGCUACUGAACUACACGAUGAGUUCCAAAACUUGAAAAGCGAAAUAAGUAGGCUUGAAAGAAAGGUUAUGUUCUCCAAUGUACCUUCAACUAUGCCUCUUGAACAGAAAUUAAGCUCAGCAUUGCCUAACCAACUAAAGGUUAACAAUUCCUCAGAUUUGAAAUAUUUUGUUGGAUACAAUCCUAUAGCUAAGUAUGAGGAUGCAAUAAAUUUUCAUAAUGUAUACGCAUCCACUGACUAUCUAACAAACUCAAAUCAUUUCAACCUUGGUCCUUUAUCGUGGAUUUCAUUACAACAAAAGGAUGCGGGAUUGAGACUUUUAUCAGAUUUCAUGGAUACUAAGAAAAGGUAUAUUAGAAAAUUAAAAGAUUCUCUACUUCACAAUAGGAACAGAAAAGAAGAUUCUGAGGGAAAUUUUAGAGAUAGGGCUGCUGAAAGUUGUAAAAAUAUUCCUUUGAACAAAGAUAAUAAUUUAGAAGAUGGAGAUGACUAUCUUCCUAGUAGAACUAAACUUACUGAUCAUGUAUCCCUACAGAAAAAGGCGAAGGAGGAGAUUAGUCUCCUGUUUGAUUGUGCAAAAGCAGACGGAUGCUUAAACCUUAUUCAGAGAAUCAAACUUUCAUUACCAAACCAAAGAGUCAUAUGGAAACUAAUAAAAAGAUUCUUCGAUCAUUUGUAUCAUAUGUUUCCUUUUUUUGACGAGUUUCUCUUCAAAAAAGAUAUAUCGAACAUUAUUGGUUCUGAAAGCUUUGAUGAGCAUUUUAUAAAUACCCUUAAGGUCGAAAAAAAAUUAGAUUUUGCUCGUUUAGGGUUGCUAUUAAUUAUUUUAAGGUUAGGUUACUUGAGUUUAUUUGCCAACAACUCAUCGGUGGAUGUGAUAAAUUUAAAUGCGAAUGGUUCUACUAUUAAUUUCGAUGAAAUGAAGUAUUUGGUUGACAAUCCCAUUCGUAUGGAAACAAUCGAUGUUGCCCAAAUAUGCCUUGAUCAGUUUAAUACUUCAAAAAAGAUAAACAUAAGUGUAAUUCAAUUGGCUCUUUUCAUGAGGUUGUAUCAUAUUUAUGGACCUGAAAAUGGCGACGGAACAACUACAGGAGAUAUUCAAGUUUGUGAAGCUACGAUAAUUCAGAUGGCUUACUCAGUGGGCCUACACAGGGAACCUGAUAAUUUACCUUCGCCGUCUCAUAAUGAGAAAAUGAACCAUUUGGGUAGAAAAAUUUGGUAUCACUUAUUAAUGAUAGAUAUUGAGUCUGCAUUGACUUUAGGAAUCCCAUUAAAGAUUCAAAAAAAUUCAUAUGAUACUAGAUUACCAACUUAUGAAGCAGGAAAUGAGAAUAUUUCUGACAUUGAAAUGGAGAAGGCAUCAUUAUUGACUUUUUCGAGAUUUGAAAGAACAUAUUCACCACUUUCAGAUGUACUACUGUUAAUUUCAAAAGUUGGUGAUACAAACAGCUUCGACUUGUCAGAAAAGCUUGAUAUUAUAGAAACUGAUUUCAUUCAAGAACAUGGAACGAUAAAUUCUUAUAUUUCCACUAAUAAAAACUCGCUAAAAGAGGAUUAUCGUCGUAUUUUAGAAAUUAAAGAUUAUCUCGCUUUCAGGACUUUCCUUCUUUCAAUAAUCUUUCAUUUCUAUAAUUUUUAUGAAGCAUCCAAAAAUUUUGAUCUUACGUUUUAUUACUUAAAGAAAAUUUUGGUUAUCAUCUUCUGUGAUUUGAUUCCACUUUGCUCUGAAUUUUCAACAAAGAGUCAUUCCAUAUUCAGAGGCUCCGCUGACUUAUUUAUAACUCCGAUAUUCGAGCUGGCUAUUCAUAAAUCAUUUAUUUCCAUUACUUCCAUUACCAUUAGAAUUAAAUCUUUUCUUUUCAAUACUGAAGAUUAUGAAAAUCAUAGUGAAAAUAUGGAAAAAGAUAACGAAUACAAGUCUAAUUUCAACAAAUUGUGUAAAAUCUCGAAAUGCCUUGAGAAUAUCUAUACUAGGAACCUUAAAAUGGUUUCUAAAUUGAAAAGUAAAUACUACUAUGCCUGGAAAAUAGAAAAAGCUCAUUCUUUUUUCUUAGACGUUCUUACAAGUGAAUAUUUUUAUUUAAGCAUCAAAGAAAAUUCUAAAAAAUUAGAAGCAAACUACACAGCUGAUGUGCUAGACGAUCUAAUUAAGAUUCUCGGAAACAGUCGUGCGCAAGUUCUGGCAAGAGAGGAAGAUCAAGAUAGUGAUGCAACAAAUUCAACGUUUAACAUAUUAAAUCCUGCAGAGCGAGCAUCCUACUUAAGCAUGGGUUUGGAAGAUAUGCCUAAUAAAGAUGGUCUCGACUGCUUUAUUCAAAAUGACCAAAUUGAUAUUUUCUGGCUUCAGACCCUCUUGAAAAAUCUGGAUAACAAUGGCUUUCAUGCCCCUGACGGCGGUAUUAAUGAUUUAGAUAUUAAUAGCCCUUACGAAACUAAUCUGAAAUAUGAUAUGAACAAAAUUAUUGAUGAUGAAAAUUCAGCCCAAAAGUUUCCAGAUUUAGAUAAUGCUUGGCCCUUACCAUGA